AUGCUUCCGAAGAAGGACAUACUCAUGAGGUGUCACCUGAGAGAAUACUUCCAGCCGGGAGACCGAAUCCCUUGGUUCUUCAGCGAAAACAACCAACUGGCUGGUUUCGCACAACGCUACUCAGGUCAAGGAGGCCAAGGAAUCGGCAUAUCCAUCGAUGUCCUAACUGUCAAGGGUGCUGGACAUAUGGUACCAAACGACAGACCUGGCCCAUCAGUACAAAUGAUCACGAACUUCAUGUUUCCCGGUUCAACCGGAGUCAACUACACUUCCAAGGCUCACACAAAUCCACAGCCCGACGUAUCUCCAAUGAAAGCAGCAUCUGCUUUGACCCUGCUUUCUGUGAUUAUGUCUUUAGUUGUCACCAAUCAAUAA